AUAGUCUUAGACCCCGACUGACAGACAUGUACACCUUACACCAAAUACCGGUUGCUUGUGAUAUCCCAGAAACAUGCCCAACUACGAAAAUUAAAAAUUGAUCAAUGAACCAUAAAGUUGAAGCCAAUUUCCAGACAACAUAUACACCAUGCAAUCAUUCCAUAACCAAAUAAGCUGACCUAUUGCUUACAGUAUCUGAAGAAAAAACACCAGACAUAACCGUGAAAGCUUUACAUACUAAUAAAUCAUGAAAAUCAGAUCUGGGUCAGAUUAACCCUGUCAGACUGACAAGUACACAUCACAAUCGUUCCAUACACCAAAUACUAGUAUAUUUGAAAUAUUGCUGAAAGUUUUUGGUGAAUUACACAAAAGAACAUAAAAACAUAGAACCAUGAAAAUGAGAUUAAGGCAAGCCGAAUCCUGCAAGACGGACAUUAUGUAUACGCGUUGCAAACAUUCUGUACAACAUAUAUAUAGUUAGCAUAUUGCUGAAAACAUCAUCAAAAUAGACCAAAUAGUCAUAGUCGGUUUUAUACAAGCAUUUUUGAUGAAGUUAGAUCCAGACAGGUGCUUCCGGACGCAUAACACAAGUUAGUGUUAUUUUCAUAAUUAUAAUCAAAAUUCAGUAAAGCGAUUGUUUAUAAAUUAAGCCGCUUAAUAGGAUAUCCUAAAGCAUAUAGAAAUAUCCUUAAAAUAUGACAGUUAAGUGUCCAAAUACUAGUACUCUGAAACAUCCGACCAGAAAAUUUAAAAUCGGAUGGAAGCCCACAUUCAACACUUCGAACAACAGUGUAACGUUUGUAGUUGUUUCAUCCAAACAUACUUGAGCUAGACUUGGUAUUGUACUGAAAUGAAGUGUAGCUGUGUUUCCUUCUAUAUUUUUCUUGACUGAUCUAUCUAAAUAAAAGUCGAUGACGAUCACAUUUUGCAUGACGCUUGGAUGUUUUCCAUUCUCGAGUCCAAGAUAAGAUUUGUCAAAUAUUACGUGUUUUAUCUUGAAUGCACUAAGACAGUCUUGCUUAUCAAAAGCUACCUAUUGUAUAGAAAUGGACACUUCACAUUUUUAUUUUAAGUGUUUACUUCUUCUUACUCUGGUAUUACAUACAACUUACUCAGACACGAUAGUGGCUAGGCUGCAGAAACUAGAACAAUAUGCAGCUUCUCAAAACGAAAAGACCACUUCAUUGGAAAAUAUCAUUAGAGACCUAGAAAAUACCGUCAGACACCUUGAAAAAGAAAACAGUGAAUUGCAGUCGGUCCAAAACACACCCUUGUUAACUAAAAGAAGGGCUAGGAAUCAGUUAAAUGUGAAAGAUGCACGAAGACUCUUGUUAGAUGGACAAUCAAAUGGACAGUAUGCUUUCUAUGCGUUUAUGUCACGUGACGAACCGGAACCUGGAGGACACCAUCUUCUCGUAUACGACAAUGUAAAGACUAAUGUAGGAAAUGCGUAUAACAAUUUUACUGGUAUCUUCACAGUUCCUCGUUCAGGUCUCUACUCGUUUACCUGGUCUACUAGAGUCGCAUGUCAUAAGGCACACACAACUGAAUUAGUUAUCAACACGAGGAUUCUUGGCAGUACAUACGUUUACUGUGGCUACAAUACAGUUACUGGACAUGUUGUCACCUCUGCUACCCAAGGUGAAGCUGUUUUCAUUCGAACUCAUCUGACUUCACCGGGACAAGGGGCAAUAAAAAGUGAUGAAUUCGGUAGAUCAGCAUUUUCUGGAUUCAUGAUUGUCUAAAGAAGCUAAGUCAAGACAUUAACUAAAUUUAAUCCUGUAUAGUUACGAUACAAUGGAAGAAAGGGUGUAAACUUAUUGUGGAGAA